AUGAGUCGUAUCAAGCAUAUCCUCCUGCGGAACGUCUCUUUGCUCGCGACUAUCGAUCAGAUGACAGCAUGGACAGUCGCGCUGCAAGCGGCAGCGACGGAUGAGCUCGCCCUACUAGAGCAGCUGCUCGAUCAUGGCUGCCUCGGCGUGCAAGCACACCAGGACGAGAAGAGCGAGACUAUCCUACAUGCUGCCGUUCAGAGAGGCAGUUACGACUGCCUUGACCUUUGCUGUUCCAGAUACCCCGAUGCCAUUAAUUGGGGCAAUCUUCUCGUGCAACGAGGCGCGGAAGUGGAUUUGCCGGAUCUCAGCGGCAAUACACCGCUUCACCUUGCCAGUGGCUGGGGCAACGUCCUUGCUGUCAAAUGUCUCAUCGAGCAAGGCGCAUCGACCGCUAUCAAGAAUGAUCUCGGCUGGGCUGCCAUCGACUAUGCCUUCUCCUUUACGACCCACGCUGCAUUCGUGGAAACUGUGCGCGAUGUGUUCGACGUUCAGCAGCAAGUACGCAAGACGACCGCCGUCAGCGCCGCGGCAAAAGCAAGAGGUCUCGAUACCAGCAUGCCCAUUGCAAUCUAUGCCGGUUCGACAACCUCGCUACACGAUAGUUUGCUGAACGGCUUAAGUCUCAUCACACCGAGCAGCUUCGGCUCGGGCACGCAAGAUUCGAUAUCUGUCUACCGCGAUACAUCGACGCGUCCCCUCUUGGCCGAAUUCGACAAUCAGCAUGAGAUCAAGCGAUCCAGCUUUACGAUCUCGCGAUCCAUACCCACUUCGCUAUCAACCUCUGACUCGUCCAUACUCACGCGAGACACAGAGACGCUGGCCUCGUCUACAUCUGCAGCCACAACUCAGAGCGGCCGCUCCAAGAGACAUCGUCUGCUACGCACCCGCACACGAUCGACGAGCAGUCUGUCGUCACUUAUGCCCAGUCUGAGAAAUCGCGUCACAGGCUUUGCCAUGACGAUCGACAACAAGUGUAUAGCCUCGUUGCUAUACGCCAUUUAG